UUUUGGGAUGUGUUGUUGUCAUAAUAUCCCCACCCAAAAGAUUUGCUCUUACAAAACAAAAAGAACACGACACGCGUGUAGAUGUGUACCUAUCUGCUGUUGUUUGAAUACAUACAUAUCACGAAGCCGCAGUUCAACUCUGAAAAGGACUGCGAUACACGUUUACAAUAAUCUGUAUGCAUCGCAGUGUGUUGCUCAUUCCAGCAUCCAAGCACAUUUGGAAGUUUGUGACACUCGAGAGCCAAAGACACUGCUCCUUUACCAAAUUAGUAGGCCCAAUCAGCAUUAAUAAUCGAACCACCAUGCCAGCAGAAAAACGCAAGGCAACAUUUGUCAAAAUGGACAACACCAAACGGCAGAAGCUGCAGGCCGUAAAAGAGGGGAAGAGGGAGAGAGUAGAGGGCUGGCUGCAGGAUGUGGUGGCAGAGCAACGGAGGGAGAAUAAGGACUUGAAAUUCAACAUGCAGCGCCUCCUUUUUCUGUCCCAAACCCAGAAGAUAAAGCAAGGUUCAGAGGGAGUAGUCUACUGGAUGAACCGGGAUCACAGGGUCCAAGAUAACUGGGCGUUGAUCUAUGCCCAGCAGCUUGCCCUCGAAGAGAAGCUGCCCCUGCAUAUCUGUUUCUGUUUGGCGGUACCACAAAACCCAAAGUUGGCCACCAUCCGACAUUUUGGCUUCAUGCUGAAGGGACUGGAGGAAGUUGCAAAGGACUGCAGUGCCCUGGAUAUUCAGUUCCAUCUGCUCCAGGGCUCCGCUGGAGAAUUGCUGCCAGGGUUUGUGGCGGACUGGAGUUUUGGGGCAGUAGUGACCGACUUCUCCCCUCUUAGGACACCGCUGCAGUGGUUGGAGGAGGUCAAAAAGGGGCUUCCGUCGGAUAUCCCCUUCAUACAAGUCGAUGCCCAUAACGUGGUGCCCUGCUGGGUGGCAUCAGACAAGCUGGAGUAUUCUGCCAGGACGAUCCGUAACAAGAUCACCAAGCUUCUGAAGGAGUUCCUCACAGAGAUGCCUUUAGUGGAUAAACACCCACACACUGCUCUCCGAACCGCCAAACCAGUAGACUGGGCAGAAGCAUUGUCCUCUCUGGAGGUGGACAAGACCGUGGAGGAGGUGGAUUGGGCCAAGUCUGGCACUGCAGCAGGCAUAGCCAUGUUGGAAUCUUUCAUCGACCUGCGCCUCAAGAACUUUGCCACGCAGAGGAACAACCCCAAUUCUUCUGCCGUUAGUCAGCUCUCGCCGUGGAUCCGCUUUGGUCACUUGUCUGCCCAGCGCGUGGUGCUGCAGGUAAAGUGCUGUGGGAAGAGUGCCGGCGAGUCAGUUUCCUCCUUCACAGAAGAACUGGUGGUGCGCAGAGAGUUGACCGAUAACUUCUGUUUCUACAACCCCAGCUAUGACAGCGUGAAGGGUGCAAAUGACUGGGCCCAGAAAACAUUGAAAGAUCACGCCAAAGACCCCAGGCCAUACAUCUAUACCCGCGAGCAGCUGGAGAAAGCCCAGACCCACGACAAGCUCUGGAACGCAGCCCAGUACCAGAUGGUGAUUGAGGGUAAGAUGCAUGGCUUCCUAAGGAUGUACUGGGCCAAGAAGAUCCUGGAGUGGACCUCCUCACCAGAGGGAGCGCUCUCCAUCGCCAUCUACUUCAACGACCGAUACGAGUUGGAUGGGCAGGACCCCAACGGAUUCGUAGGUUGUAUGUGGUCCAUAUGUGGGGUCCAUGACCAGGGCUGGGCCGAGAGACCCAUCUUCGGAAAGAUACGGUACAUGAACUACAAAGGCUGCACCCGCAAGUUUGACGUGGCACAGUUUGAGAGGAAGUACUGCCCCAAAGACCUGUAAUGAGGAUAGGCGCCGAGGCAAGUUGGGGGUAGAGUGUAUAGAGUCUGGGAGCCUUUAUAUCCCAUACCUGGGUCAUAUUCGUAAGGGCAAAAACGUAUCAAAAUGUUGUUCAAUGCGAAAAGGAAAAUAAUCCUUUAUUAUUACACAUUCAAGGUGGUUCCUCCGUUUCUUUCUGUUUUGGUGCCGAGUGAAUACUACCUUGUUCUCGAACCUACUCCAGACUUUAAGAUUGGGUCAAGUUCGGCACAGCACGUGUAUCUUUAUCUGUGUUCUUAUUGUUCAGGGCCCGUAUCCAGAAAGCAUCUCAGAAAAGGUCCUAGGAAUCCUGUUCACUUGUUUUAAGACAACAGCAAAACAAAUACUCUUAAUUCUUGCCUAAUAUGUUGGCAUGCAUAACUUUUUUUUUUUUUUUUUUUUACAAAGAUAUUUUUUUAUAUAUUUUAAAAAUAUUUGAAAGGCAUUGCACUGAAUCAUACAGUAUGAUGGUUGUUAAAAGGGGAAUUUUCAUUAUAUUACUGUUAUAUCAACACACUUAUCUCUCUCCUUCAACAACUCUGAAUCUCUUUUAGCACGGUAGGCAUCAAGUCACUUGCCGAUAAUGUUGCCUAAAACAUUUUGAAAGGUCUAUCAUUAACCACCAAAAGCACAGCCCCUAAAUGCUGUCAAUUGCCAAACUUAUAGGCAUGCCCAAUUUAGGAAUAUUGCACUCCAAAGGGACAACUUGAUAUACAUGUAGGUUAAUGAAAUAGUCAAAAAGAAAAAUGUGAUCAUUUAUUAGCCUAGUGGUUCUAAGUAUUUAGGCAUAUCAUAAUGUGAAUUAGGCCUUGUGUAAAAUCAUUGUCAAAAGCGCAAGAAAUACCUACUGUUGCAUGAAGGUCUAGAUCAUUUAUGGGUUGAUCGUAUAGAAAUAUCAAACUAUUCUUUCAACUCCAGAUCAUUGCUUGUCUACGGCUCAGGAACCACGGCCCUUUAUUGUUUAAGACACCUGCUGGGAACUCUUCACUGGUUCGGUCAGCGCAUGAGGUCUCCUAAAUAUCUGCCGACGAGGUGGGACUCUUGUGACUAAAGAGGCUUCACGCAUAGCUUUUAUUUUUACCCAUGAGAGGCGAAAAAAAAAAUGUCUCUUCUCAGCACCUGCGACCAAUGUUCUACUCUGAGACGCUUUGUUGAUACGGGCCCAGGUAGUACCUCUCCGUUUCACUCUGUUUCAAAACGUUUUCCCCCUACUGAGCACAGCUGGGGGUUUUCAGCCACAGCAUACUGCUAUUUCAGGUUUGUAUAUAACUACAUGGACUGCAGAAGCAAUGUAUACACACAGCUGUAAGUCUCUUUGGUUAAAAUAAUCUGUUAAAUGGAACAUACUGUAGCUAUAUCAAUGUGUGUUUGGUUGGGAAGCAGAUCAAACAUGUCAAAUAGGAUGUCAAACACUUCUGAGAUCAAAGGUAAUAAUACUCCAUUUAAUUUGUAUCUGGUAUCUAAGCGACUAUGCAAAUGAUGCUAGUGUAUGUACAUGUAUUACGGUUUUGCGUGAUUGAUUUUUCUUUGGCUUGUCAAGAACAUCACUGAUGUUUUAUUUUAUGUGUAUUUCCUAGUGUUAUUUUGGUAACACUUUCCUUGACACCCAGCGUGGUAACACUUUCCAUGACACCUCCUUGACACCCAGCGUGGUAACACUUUCCAUGACACCUCCUUGACACCCAGCGUGGUAACACUUUCCAUGACACCUCCUUGACACCCAGCGUGGUAACACUUUCCAUGACACCUCCUUGACACCCAGCGUGGUAACACUUUCCAUGACACCUCCUUGACACCCAGCGUGGUAACACUUUCCAUGACACCUCCUUGACACCCAGCGUGGUAGCACUUUCCAUGACACCUCCUUGACACCCAGCGUGGUAGCACUUUCCAUGACACCUCCUUGACACCCAGCGUGGUAGCACUUUCCAUGACACCUCCUUGACACCCAGCGUGGUAGCACUUUCCAUGACACCUCCUUGACACCCAGCGUGGUAGCACUUUCCAUGACACCUCCUUGACACCCAGCGUGGUAACACUUUCCAUGACACCUCCUUGACACCCAGCGUGGUAACACUUUCCAUGACACCUCCUUGACACCCAGCGUGGUAACACUUUCCAUGACACCUCCUUGACACCCAGCGUGGUAACACUUUCCAUGACACCUCCUUGACACCCAGCGUGGUAACACUUUCCAUGACACCUCCUUGACACCCAGCGUGGUAACACUUUCCAUGACACCUCCUUGACACCCAGCGUGGUAACACUUUCCAUGACACCUCCUUGACACCCAGCGUGGUAACACUUUCCAUGACACCUCCUUGACACCCAGCGUGGUAACACUUUCCAUGACACCUCCUUGACACCCAGCGUGGUAACACUUUCCAUGACACCUCCUUGACACCCAGCGUGGUAACACUUUCCAUGACACCUCCUUGACACCCAGCGUGGUAACACUUUCCAUGACACCUCCUUGACACCCAGCGUGGUAACACAAUAUAUGUCACAACACGUGUAAAUAUAUUGGUCAUGACAAUGUUAUGGCGCUUGGUGUCAAGUAAAGUGUUACCAUUAUUGUUUUGUGUCACAGUUGUCUUACGAAGAGAUUAGCAUUGUGCGUUGUAUUUUUGAAUAAAGUUGUCAUUUGCUUUUA